AUGGCCAUGACGCCGUCCGAACAGAAGCGCAGCUCGACUGGCAGUCGCGUGUUGGGCAUGACGGGCCCAGCAGGCGAGCCCGGCCUGCCACCCUCGCGACCGUCGUCGAUUGCGACUGCCAAUUCGGGCAGCCAGAACAGAUGGUCCCAGGCCAGCCCUGCACGACGAGGCGGCGGCAUGAGCGUCGCCGGCAGUCUAGGACACAGCCGCCCAACCACGUCUGCCAGUAGAACCCAUGUUCCGCUGGCAGCCCACGGCUUCUUUCGCCCCAUGAGCUCGCAGCGUCUUCAACAACAACGCAACCAGCGCCCCAAUUCCCUCCUCGGCCACGGCUCGCUCUAUUCCGACGCUACACACGAAACGGGCAGCAAUCCGUACCGCCAGAGUACAGGCUCUACGCAAACAAUUCGGCACGGCGCCCCAACCCUGGGCCUCCAUCACGAGCUGGACCCGCAGCCUCCGCCGUCGCGCGGCACCGACAUCACCGAUAGAGACAUGCCCGACCGCACCACAGCCAACACCACGCCCACGGGCGCAGAAACAGUGCGCAGUCGAGGCGAGAGCAUCACUCCCCUGCAGCGACCCAGGCCUCAGCACCUGGAUCUCUCUAAUGUUCAUGGCCACGAUUCCGGCAAGCUCCCAACGCCCAGCAAAUCGCCCCGCUCUUUCGGUUCCAGCUUCAUGUUGUCCAGUCGCGACGGACGCUCAGCCCAAAUACGACCCCAUCAAGGACACGAGAAACUCACCUCUGCCGAGUCGUCACCCAGAAUAGCCCGCAAAGAAGCUACUAAGGAGGCAGUCAAGCGGGAGCUCGGCAGGAACUACCAAUACUUCCCCGAAAUCUACAUCCAUUCCCCCCUCCUAAUCCUAAUGACGAUCCGCUCAGUCUCGGUCCGCCCACCACUGAGUGGACCAUGGUGGUCUCCGCAACCGGUACGAAUGCAGCUAUGGAGGUGCCGACGAAAUAUUGCAAGAGUUGCAACAUCUGGCGACCUCCACGUGCUCACCAUUGCCGUGUAUGUGACAAUUGCAUCGAGACGCAAGAUCACCAUUGCGUCUGGCUCAACAAUUGCGUGGGACGCCGCAACUACCGUUACUUCUUUGUCUUCGUGUGCGCCACCACGUUGCUAG